ACUCCCAAAGAAACAAAGACCCAAAAAAAAAAAAAAACAAAACAAAAUUCAAAAAGCAAACCAAAACGAAAGGCAAAACCCGCAACACGCUUAAAUUGCUUUGAAAAACACACAAAACACUUCCAAACCGAAGCAGAAAGCGUCGCAACCUUUCUUUUCCUUCUUCCACAUAUUCAUUCAUUCUUCUCCCUCUUCAUUCCUUCCUUCAUUUGAAGUCGUCAUCGUCAUCAGUCAUCAUCAUAUACAUCGAUCAUCGUCCGGAGUAUUGGAUGGCUGCUGGAGUGGAGUCGCCGGAGUCGGAGAAAUUGGCCGGUACUCGGUUGGAGAUUCCGGCGAGCGAUUCGACACCGUACUCAUCGUCAUCAUCGCCGCUAAAAAUGCCUCGGAGGCUUCGCGAUCGACUCCUUGACUCCAAAACUCCGUCUCCGACCGUGGAAGAAAUUGAAGCUAAGCUCAGAGAUGCAGAUCUUCGCAGACAGCAAUUCUAUGAGAAGUUGUCCAGCAAAGCCCGGCCAAAGCCAAGAAGCCCUUCACAGUCCUCGUCUCAUGAGUGUGACCUAGGUCAGCGCCUUGAGGCAAAGCUCCAAGCUGCUGAGCAGAAAAGGUUGAGUAUGUUGGCGAAGGCUCAAAUGCGACUAGCUAAGUUGGAUGAGUUGCGGCAGGCAGCAAAAACUGGUGUAGAAAUGCGUUUUGUAAAGGAACGUGAGGAGCUUGGUACAAAGGUGGAAUCGCGUUUUCAGCAGGCUGAGGCGAAUAGAAUGCUUAUCCUUAAGGCUUACAGGCAAAGAAGAGCCACGAUAAAGGAGAGGACAUCCCAGUCUUUGUUGCGAAGGAUGGCUAGGGAGAGUAAGUAUAAGGAGCGUGUGCAUGCUGCAAUAUAUCAAAAGCGAGCUGCUGCUGAGAGGAAGCGAUUGGGAUUGCUGGAAGCUGAGAAGAAGAGAGCACGUGCUAGGAUGCUGCAGGUGCAACGGGUAGCUAAGUCUGUUUUUCACCAACGUGAGAUUGAGAGGAGGAGAAUGAAAGACAGAUUGGAAGAUCGACUGCAAAGGGCAAGGAGACAGAGAGCAGAAUAUUUGAUGCAGAGAGGACGAGUGCAUGGUUCUGUCCAAGUUAAUUGGAAUAAGAUGCACAAGCAGGCAGAUGUUUUCUCCAGAAAAAUAGCUAGGUGUUGGAGGCGGUUCCACAAACUGAGGAAAACUACAUUCGCCUUGGCAAGGGCAUAUGAUGCCUUGAAAAUUAAUGAGAAAUCCAUAAAAUCAAUGCCAUUUGAUCAGCUUGCUCUUCUGAUUGAAUCAAUUUCAACCCUUCAGACUGUCAAAGAUCUACUUGACCGGUUUGAGAGCCGAUUUAAGCUUUCACAGGCUGUUGCUGCCACCACUGGGUCAUCUGGUUGGGAUAACAUUGAUCACCUUCUCAAGAGAGUUGCUUCCCCAAGUAGGAGGAGCACACCAAGGAACUCUACCCGGAGCAAAGGCACAAAGAGACAAGGGUCCAAUAGAGAAGCUAGCAAAAGUCCAGCUAAAUUAUCAAGAUAUCAAGUGAGAGUAGUGCUUUGUGCUUACAUGAUACUGGGUCAUCCAGACGCAGUUUUCAGUGAUCAAGGAGAACGUGAAAUUAGUCUGGCCAAAUCUGCAGAAAGUUUUAUUCGGGAGUUCGAGUUGUUAAUAAAGAUCAUCUUGGAUGGGCCAGUGCAAAGCUCCGAUGAAGAGUCUGAUGCUGCAUUCCCAAAACGCUGGACCUUCAGAUCCCAGCUUAUGGCAUUUGACAGAGCAUGGUUCUCCUAUUUAGAUUGCUUUGUUUCAUGGAAGGUUAAGGAUGCCAAGACUUUAGAGGAGGAUCUGGUGUGGGCAGCUUGCCACCUUGAGCUCUCUAUGAUUCAAACUUGCAAGAUGACUCCAGAAGGAGAUAGUGGUGCUCUUACACAUGAUAUGAAGGCUAUUCAGAAACAGGUUACAGAAGAUCAAAAACUUCUGAGAGAGAAAGUGCAACAUCUGAGCGGAGAAGCUGGGAUUCGACGUAUGGAAUGUGCUCUUUCCAAUACUAGAACUAAAUAUUUUCAAGCAAAGGAGAAGGGAAGCCCAUCAGGUUCACCCCCAAUCACCCACUUUUUGACUCCAAGUCCACCCAGUUCUUCUGCUCGCUCGCCCUCUGUUUCUGACCCUAACAGAAGAAGCAACCUGAUUGAAGACAGCAGGAGAUCAAGCCGUGUAGUUCGGUCCUUACUUACGGAAGAUGUUUCACCCCUAUCCAAUGAAAAAUAUGCAGAUCCUAGAGGUAGUUUAGAUGGUCAGCCCGGCUUUUCUGAUGAAAAGUUGGUUGUAGAAAAUGAACUGGUUGUAAAUGAAGUUGUCCAUGAUCAGCAUCGUGCAUUAGCCGACAGCUUUAAUAUUACUGCUGAAGACCAAAACAGUAUUAAGGCUAAGUUCAAAGAGACGAUGGAGAAGGCUUUCUGGGAUGGCAUUAUAGAAUCCAUGAAACAGGAUGAACCGAGCUAUGAUCAAGUUGUUGAACUUGUGAGGGAGGUGAGGAGUGAAAUUUGCAUGCUAGCUCCACAGAGUUGGAAACAAGAAAUUAUUGAAGCAAUUGAUAUAGACAUUCUCUCUCAGGUACUGAAGUCAGGUAAUCUGGACAUAGAUUAUCUUGGAAAGAUUCUGGAGUUUGCUUUGCUUACUUUGCAGAAACUGUCUGCUCCAGCCAAUGAUGAUGAAGUGAAGAAAACUCACCAAAAGUUAUUGAAAGAGCUAGCUGAAAUAUGUCUAUCCACAGAUAAAUCUAACUAUUCACAUGUCAUUGCAAUGGUCAAGGGUCUGCGCUUUGUCCUUGAGCAGAUACAGGCACUCAAGCAUGAGAUAAGCAAAGCUCGUAUAAGAAUCAUGGAACCAUUUUUGAGGGGACCUGCUGGUUUGGAAUAUCUGAAGACAGCUUUUGCCAAACGUCAUGGAUCUCCAUCUGAUGCCUUCUGUUCUCUUCCAUUGACAAUGCAGUGGCUUUCAUCUGUCUGGGAUUGUAAAGAUCAGGAAUGGUCAGAACAUACAAAUUGUCUCUCAGCUUUGACAAACCAUGAAAGUUCAUGUCAAGCCUUUAUUCCAUCUACCACCCUUAAAACUGGUGUACUGCUUCCGGUGGCUACCACUUCAACUACGGUUAUCAGUACAACAGGUAGCCAACAACCAGGAUGCAAGGGAGAAAAGGUUGAUUUGUUGGUGAGGCUUGGCUUGUUGAAGUUAGUAAGUGGGGUAUCUGGUCUAAAACAAGAAACUCUACCUGAAACUCUCAAGCUUAACCUCUCUAGACUGAGGGGUGUUCAGUCCCAAAUUCAGAAGAUUAUUGUGAUUUCUGUCAGUGCUCUUAUUUGUCGGCAAAUCAUUCUGAGUGAGAAAGCAGGAGUGGGCACUGCGGAUGUGGAAACCAUAGCGUCCAAAUGUGUUGAACAACUCUUGGAGCUCUUGGAUCGUGUUGAAGAUGUGGGUAUUGAAGAAAUAGUUGAAAAAAUCAGUGAGUUCUUAAAAGAUGGGAACGAGUUCUGUGAUGCGGAGAAGCUUCAAUUGAGAAAGGAGGUCAUGGCCAGGAUGCUGGCAAAGAGCUUGCAAGAUGGAGAUGCCGUCUUUGGAAGGGUGUCACGAGCUGUUUAUUUGUCCAUGAGAGGGGUUUUGCUGGGUGGGAGUGGAACCAAGGGAAGAACAUUAGCAGAAACAGCACUUAGGAAGGUUGGGGCUGAUGUUCUGACCACAAAGCUGGUGGAAGCUGCGGAAGUAUUGGCGGUGGUGGCCACUGUGUCGGUUAGUGUUCAUGGGCCAUGGUAUGCACGUCUGACAGAAAACCUGUGAAGAAAACAUUUUAUUUAACUUGUAGAUACCUAGUGUUUUAUGUAUGUGUGUGUAACUUCAGUAAUAGAUUUCGGUAGGUGGUGGUUUGUCUGUAUAUCAGUUUUUAACUGCAGUCAUAGUAGGACAUUACGAUGCGGAAUUAUUUCCUGGAUGGAGCAGAAGUAUGUAAAUAAUAUUUUCACUGAAAUGAAGGUGUGAUGGACUGCUUUCAUCAUUUAAGCCGCCCAGACACUGGCAUUUGUAUGUUUUAGAGACAUCAUUUGAAUGCAGAAUUUGUUUUAUGUUCC